UGGAAAAAAGAAGAAGAAUGAAAGAAAUGGCAAAAUUGUUAUAUGUCGCGAAUUUGUAUUCAAUUUGUAAUAAACUAAAAUAAUUGUGAAAAAAAAACCAAAGCGGAAAGAGAUACAACAUUUGAUGUUAUAUGGCAUAAAUGGCUUGCUCUUCAAAUAAUUGAAGAAGCAGACUUCAGCAAGAGGAGAAGCACAAGAACAAAAAAAAAAAAAUUAUAAUAAUAAAAGUAGAAACGAAGCAAGAGUGACCCCGCCUCUAUCAAUUUGGAGAGUAAAACAUACUGAUACAUUGAAGCAAUUGAGCAAUCCGCAGUCACAACGUUUGUGUGCACCCGAAGCCAACAAGUCAGCCGGCCAACUGAUCAAAUAUUGCGCUGAGCGCAAAAGUGCCAUCGUAACCCACAAGUGUGCUCUCAGACCAUAAUAUUGUUGGAAAUAAUUGACGCCAAUACAAAUUAGCCGUCAGUAUACAAGAGUGAGUUGGCGUGGUGUCUACGCUGCGAAAACAUACGCGUUGUGGGAGUGCAGGUGUAUUUUACAUUUAUAUUUGUGUUAAAAGUUUGCCACCUCCACUUUUAAAAAGAGUCUUCGUACACACUUUGACUGAAAGAAACAUAGAAAAGUAACAUACUUAAGUGGAAUUGAAUGCCGUGGAAAGAAAUGUGCUGACGCGUGACUUGAAAAUUAUCAAAAGGCAAAAAAGGAAAAUAUUAAAAAAAAUACAAGAAAAAUUCUAACGCAAACCAAUUCUGUUAUUUCUACAAACUUUUUUACUCGCGCCAGAGCCAGACUUAAGCACUUGUAUUUAACAAAUUAAUAAAGUGACUGGAAACUGUGUUCCGGUCACAAUAACGCCCACUUUCCCCGCCUGGGACACCAUCAAGUAAAAAUGACAACAUCAGCAUUUAAAAAUCGGCGUAACAACGCACCGCCAAGUGACGCGGAAGCUGAUGGUCGGAUCGUCAACGAUGCCAAUUCUGCACAUCUGGAUCAUACAAUGGAGGAAACAGAUUCGGAAGAAGAUGGUUGGUCAUCAACUGGUUAUGAUUAUAUCAAUCCAUUUGUACAUCGACUACAGAUUGACAAUAGAAUCGAUUUGGCGAAGGUUUAUGUGCUAACAGUGCUUUUGUUACCAAUUCGCGUUGUCGGCUGUGUUCUCUCUCUACUAUCUGCGUGGAUGUUUGCCUGUAUUGGCCUCUAUGGCCUAACAUUGGAUGAACUAAUGUCAAAACCAAUAACCGGUUGGCGAAAACAAUGUCAACGCGUAACCUCUGGUGCUAUGCGCACACUCUUUGCUGCUGGCACUUUUAUGCAUAUCAAAUUGACUGGCGAGCGUGCAUCACCCAAACAAGCACCCAUUAUGGUCGUGGCACCACACUCCUCUUAUGUGGAUUCGAUUAUUGUUGUAGCAACUGGACCACCGUCAAUUGUGGCUAAGCGCGAAACAGCCGAUAUACCACUGCUAGGCAAAAUCAUCAACUUUGCUCAACCCAUUUAUGUGCAGCGCGAGGAUCCGAAUUCGCGUCAAAAUACGAUACGUCAAAUUGUACAACGCGCACGUUCCGAGGAUGAAUGGCCUCAAGUUGUGAUAUUUUCCGAGGGUACAUGCACUAAUCGAAAGGCGUUGAUUAAAUUUAAGCCUGGAGCUUUUUAUCCGGGGGUGCCGGUACAGCCGGUGUUGUUGAAGUACCCCAACAAAUAUGAUUCAUUCACAUGGACAUGGGAUGGACCUGGCGUCCUCAAGCUACUUUGGCUGACGAUGGCGCAAUUCUAUAGUCGUUGCGAAAUCGAAUUUUUGCCUGUCUACACGCCAUCAGAAGAGGAAAAAGCUGAUGCAAAUUUAUAUGCACAAAAUGUGCGCGAUGUUAUGGCGAAAGCACUCGGUGUGCCAACGUCAGAAUAUUCAUUCGAAGAUGUGAUUACAAUGAGUCGUGCCAAAGAUAUGCGUGUGCCCUACCCUGGUGAUAUUAUCGAAAUUGAACGUGUGCUUUACAGUUUGGGCUUCCUACCGGAUUCCGAACGUGACCAAGAAUUAGUCGCUGAUUUCCUUAGCUUACACAAUACUGACCGAUUAGACAUAUUUACUUUUGCUGAAUUGCUGCAACUCGAUGCCAAGAGUACGCAUCUACACCAGCUUUUUGCACUUUUAGAUCAUCAUCACAAUUACACAGUCAGCUUGAAGAGUUUUCUGCUAUGCUCACAAUUUUGUAAAUUAAAGAAUGAAGAGAUCAUCGUAUUUUUGCGUGCUAUAACGAAUCUCUACGCUGAGUCGUCACAAAGUAUUACCCGCCAAAGUUUUGCACGCAUUCUGAGACACACGGGAAAAAUGACGCCCGAAAAGUGUGAUGCAUUGUUUUUUGCAAUCGAUCAUACGCAUAAAGGCUGCAUUGCGUUCGAGGACUUUGAGCGCUACACCAAGGAUCAUCCACAGUACAAGUUCCUUUAUAAGAAACAGGAGCAUCUACGAAGAACGCAAGCAGCUGGCAAUGUAAAGAAAACGAAUUAAAAUCAAGGACAAAACAAUUUAUGCGACCUUGAGGGUGUAUGUGUGCGUGUGUAUGACAGAGUUGACAUGAUUUUUGAGCGCGAAAAAUGCAUUUCAUAAGGGUAAUGGAUUUUUGAAUUACAAAAUCCGAUGUAUUUACAAAAACCAAACAUUAAUUGUAUUUAUUUCAUUUCGAUUGUUUAAGAACUUCAUAAAGCUAUUGCUUAAGAAAGUAAAAAGUAAAACUGCUUCUAAUAUUGUAAAAUAAUGAUUUUGCAAAAAAAAAAUAAGGGGCAAAAAAUGCAAAUUUCAUUUUUAAAACCAGUGUAUAUGUUUGCAUUCAUAUAAACUGUUUGAACGUUUAAAAUGACAAUCUGAUCGAAGAGAAGAAAAAUUUUCUUUCUAAGCAACAUAGCUGCAAAUCGUGCGCUGAUAUAUCUACAUAAACAUAUGUAGGGAGAUUAUAAGGAAGGACCAACAACAAACCUUAACCACCUAAUAAUGCAAAAGAAUAAUUUAUACUAUUCAGUCAAAUAUUGUACACACUCUCAUAUAAAGGCAUUCAAGUUUCUUAUAAUUAAAUUUAAAAUUUUGUUUGCUAUCUGCUUCAUGUAAUGUAGCUUUAAAAAUUAAUGCCAUAAAGUAAUAGAAGUAGAAAUAAUCUAACAAUGAUAUAUUUAAUUGUUUACUGAGUAUAUUUAAUGUCAAUUUUAUUAUACGUUAAAUAUAUGCUUACAGUGUAUUUGAUUCUAGCAAUGUAGGCGUGUGUAGUUUGGCCAAAUUUAUAAUGUAAAUUUAUAUAUGUAUGUAUGUAUGCAUAUAUGUAAGUAUGAUUAUUUAUUAGAGUUAUUGUUAAGAAACCCUUAAGUAUGCAUUCAAGCACUUAACAAUAAAUAGAUCCAACUUCACCAACCGUCACGUUUCAUACAGCUAAAAUCGCCCACAAUUUCUGAACAGCAAGCGUACUUAAAUCAGAUUUAACGAUUACAAAAAAAAUUACGUGACUUAUUCAGCCUUAUCAUGAAUGUUAAUUCCGUGUGAACUCGUUCACAUGUCGCCCAUGCACUUCACCUAUUUAUAUUAAAUAUUCACCAUAGUUCACUUCGAAUGAUUUUCACCCUAUCGUAUACCGUACUCACCCGGUGAAAUAACUGUCACUCGCACAGUUAAAACCGCAAAAUAAUUGCUAAAUUUUC